UGCUUCCUGCAAGUGAGAACCAAGCUUCUCCAAGUUUUCGCCUCUCCAAGGAAUUGUCAAGUUCCUGGUUUCCUAAACAAACUUCUUGAGAGGUGAGAUGCCCUCGUAGAUAGAAGUGUGCAGUAACUAUGGCUACCACAGAGUGGAGCUAGCAAAAAUCAGCGGAUGGCUCUGCCACCAACCCAUGGUGAAGUGGCUGGAAAUGGAGAGUCAUUGGAGAUUAUCCCAAAAGAAGACACAUUAGGAGCAAGGAUAGAAUUUUUGGUACUGCUGGGGCUCUAGUUGCAACAAUGAGAGAGAAAAAGUGGCAUCUGUAGCCAUUUGAUUAAUUCCCACUUGGACGUUUGAUGAUCAGCGCUUCUCCCCAACAAAAAUGACGCCACCUCGCCGGAAGCUGUGGGCGUGGCAAACAAGGAUGAGAAAAGGGCUCCCGACACGAAGAACUGGUGCUAAUCUGCGAAGGAAUUUGCUUUAGUGAAGGGGGAUUGACGUUUUCUUCGACGUCUCUGUAUUUGCCGUCUUCUUUGCCUCGUGUCGUCCCUCUCGUUACUUGCGGUGACCCAUGGAUACCCUAGCAGCUAUCUUGUCUCCAAAAAUUGGAAACAUAUCACGGCGGCCGAUUCAAACUGGCGGAGAAAAUUGCUCUCUUAAGAAGUACCUACCGCAUCUUCAUUUAAAGGGUCGAGCUGGUCUUGCAGAGAUCCGAUGCGCGAUUGGUGAUUCUUCUCCUAGAGAAGCCAUGGCAGUAGAUUUGUGUACCAACGCUCCUGGAUACAGUGUUUCCCUUCUAUCAACAUCAGAGGUCCUUGACAGAUUGAAUGAGAAUCAGUGGAAUAGGCAGUCAAAGCAGCAGUUCUUAGCCAUGUAUUCCAGUAUUUUUGGUGGCAUAACUACAGACCCAGCUGUAAUGGUAAUCCCAAUGGAUGAUCACAUGGUUCAUAGAGGCCACGGUGUUUUUGACACAGCAACUGUAGUUGAUGGGUUUCUCUAUGAAUUAGAUUCACAUCUUGAACGCUUCCUGAGGUCUGCUAAAAUGGCGAGAAUUACAUUGCCCUUUGAUUUACCAAUCAUGAGAGCUAUACUCAUCCAAACUGUCAGUGCUUCUAAAUGUAGAAAUGGGUCGCUGAGAUAUUGGCUUUCUUCAGGACCUGGUGAUUUCCUUUUGUCUCCAUCUUGUCGUGAAAAUCCUUCUCUUUAUGCAGUUGUGAUCCAAGAUCAGUCUUUGCCCAAUUAUGGAGGUGUUAAAGUUGUAACAUCAACUACACAGAUAAAGUCUCCACAAUUUGCAACCAUGAAAAGUGUAAAUUACCUGCCCAAUGUUCUGUCAAAGAUGGAGGCAGAGGAUCAAGGUGCUUUCGCCUCAAUUUGGUUAGACGAUGAAGGCUUUGUUGCAGAAGGUCCAAAUAUGAAUGUUGCAUUUAUCACAGAAGGAAAAGUGCUGUUGAUGCCACGUUUUGAUAAAAUUCUCUCUGGGUGCACAGCAAAAAGAAUUUUAGUUCUUGCAGAAAGGUUGGUAAAAGAUGGAAGGCUUAAUGGAAUUAAAGUGGGAAAUGUUGCAGUUGAAGAGGGGAAGGCUGCCUCAGAAAUGAUGCUCAUCGGCAGUGGUACUCUGGUACGGCCUGUCAUACAGUGGGAUGAACAGCUCAUAGGCAAUGGGGAAGGAGGGCCUAUAGCUUCAGCUCUUUUGGAUCUUCUGCUGGAUGAUAUGAAAAAUUCCCCUACUUCAAUUCGCAUACCAGUUCCUUAUUGAGCAAGUAGCUUCACUUUGUAUAGAAAUUGCACGCUGGUGUCUAGUGUUCCCACUUAUGCAAACAAUUGGUCAUAAAGCUCCCUUCAUAAUCAUGUGGCAUUGAAGCCUGCUGGAGCUAUGAAGACAAGGAUGAUGGUAUCUUAAUUACAUGUCGCCUUGCAAUUCAUUUGGGCAGCAAAUGCCGCGUCUAUUUUCUAUUUAUUCCUCUAAGCAGUCUGCUGGUCAACUAAAGGUCUCGGCAGUUUUCUUCGGCAAGAAGGAUAUGAACUCCAAGGAAAUUGAGUCGGCCUUAGAGAGUCAGGCGACUAGACUUUCGGUUUGAAAAGCUAGACACGUAAUGCAAGUUCUUCAAUUCCUAAGCUCGCAGUAAUGAAAAUAACAUAAUAACCAGUUUGACUUUGA